AUGCUGCUCGCCGGAGCUCAUAAAUUUGGAGGAGAAAAUCAUAGAUCUGAAGACAAAAAUUAUAUAUCUGCAGACGAAAGUCAUAGAUCUAAAGAAGUAAAUUAUAGAUUUGAAUAUGAAAAUCAUAGAUAUGAAGUUGAAAAUCAUAGAUCUGAAGCUAAAAAUCAAAGAUCAGAAGCUGAAAUUGUACAUCUAGAGCCAACCAGAGCUUGUGUAUCUGAUGGUGGUGGUUCACCGAUGGUAGUAGGCGGUAGCAGUUCGCCGACAGAAAGAGGCGGCAGGGGGUGGUGGCUGGUGGCAACCGGUGAUAAUGUUUGUGUGUUAUUCAAGUUUGAGAUGAGUGAGAAGAUAUCCAUAUGA